GACUCCUAUUUUUCAAAUCUCAUAAAUUUGCCUUUCUGAUCAUUCUCUCUUUCACCUAAGAGCUUUCUCUUUCCUUCUCUCACUCGGUAAAGUCCCUCGUUAAUGAUUGAAAAAAAAAACGCCCAAAACCCCCUCAAAAAACAAGCAACAUUAUACGUAAAUUCCUUACUAUCAGCUCCGUAGUGGCAGCAGUGUGUGUCCUCAAGCUUUUCAUCAUGUCAUCUAGUCAACCCCUCAUCAAUGCCGCUUACUACCCUUCGUGGCGCAUCUACAAGGGCUUUGCGCCUUCUUAUCUCCCACUCGACUGUAUCAACCAAGUUUUAUAUGCCUUUGUCCGACUAAACGAUGACGGCACCCUUAAAUACCUGGAUGAAUUUGCCGACUGCACCAAGGAAGCUGACGGGGAGAAAGGCUGUCUACGCGCUUUGGCAAAACUAAAGCGCCAGAAGCCAGGUCUCAAGACACUGGUCUCGGUUGGUGGCGGCAGCGGCAGCCAAGAGUUUUCCGGCAUAGCCGCAGACCCCAAACGACGCGUCGCGUUCGCGAAGUCCUGUAAGCAAUUCGUCGAGCAUUGGCACCUCGACGGUGUCGAUAUUGACUGGGAGCACCCGACCACGCCCGAGGAGGGCACCAACUACAUCAAAAUGCUCCGCACCUUGCGAGAGGUCUUACCCUCGCCGCGGUUUCUAAUCACCACAGCUCUCCCCACCGGUGAAUACUGUCUCAAGAACAUUGACGUGUGCGCCGCAGCGAGACUCCUAGAUAGCCUUAACCUAAUGGCCUACGACUUCAACGGCCCCUGGACCGACGUCUCGGGUCACCACGCCCAGCUGCUACCCCAACCAGGCGCCCAAGAUGCCGUAUACCCAGCUCUGCGUAACUCGUGUCACCGUGGCGUCAAUUACCUCACGUCUCGAGGCUUUCCGGCGCACAAGAUCAUUAUUGGUGUUCCCGUCUAUGCCCGGUCAUUUGUAGGGGCCCGCGGUAUCGGCCAGCCAUUCAAGGGAGCUGCAGAAACAGACUACAACGAGCUACCGCGCGAGUGGAUCCAAUCUGCAUCAGUCGAUCACAACGUAGCGGCCGCAAGCUACGUCGACCACUCCGCGGGCGGCAAGGGGUUCGUCAGCUUCGAUGUCCCCGAGACGGUCAGGCUCAAAGCCGAGUACGUCAAGAAGAUGGGACUCGGCGGGCUGUUCUACUGGACGGGCGUCGGCGAUAUGCAGGGGCCCGAGAGCUUGGUCCGGGCAGGUCACGAAGCGUUGAUCAGUGGCUAGGCGUCGGAUCACAUGAGUAACCUGCUCGGACACUACCAUGGCAGUUCGUACCAGUCGGAGACGUCCCUUGGAGAUCCAUAGCCUGUAGUUAUAGAGUGGAUUAUGUAAGUAGGGAAAGGGGAUAGGGGUGAGGUAUACAGUUCACGUGCUAGAGUAAAAGAUUCUAGGUACUGUGUCGACACUGUCACCUUUUAGCAACCCCUGAAAGGGGACACUGGCUCAAAAUAUGAAGAUGGCCACCACCACCAAAAGAAAAAGCUAUUAUGAGACCAGAUCUCCCCACGCUAUGGACUAAGGUGCACUUAAUAAGGGCAUUAUGCCACCGUCUAAUCUUCAUGAGUUAGGUACUAAGCACUAGGCUAGGUAAGUUAGGUCUUACAUAGUAAGAAGUCAUGUAACUUUAAGGGGCACGAAUUCUUUCUACAAUUUGUAGAGCUCAACAGGCUCAACUAGCGACCAAUAAUUAUG